UCCAGACAUCAUUAUAAAAUUGUGUCAUCAUAAGUGAUAAUGAAUUGAAAACAUUGAUUGUAAAUUGUACAAUUGUAUUAUUUAUUAUUCAAAUAUAGAAAUAGCUUAGGCUACACGAUGUGGCAGUCAGGAAGCUAGCACCUGAGCUAGCUCGCCACUAUGUCAAAUGUGGGGUUGGUCAAAGGUAUUUUCAUUAAAACAUUUUCAUCAGAGGCAACUACAGAUAACAUCGUAGUUUGCAGUGGUGAUAAGUCGUGAUAGUCAGAGGAGGAUAGCAUGAUAGUGCAUUAGCUGUAGCCUACCUAUUAUUCCCUAUGUAACGUUAGCCUUAUUAAGCUAACUAUAAGCCAGGCAUUACAUUGAGGCUACCUCCACACCAAACCAACAGGUUAUGUAUUUAUACAAUUUACAAACAUUUCACUUGAUUUCAACCAACUGUUAUCACAACCUGCAAUCCACAACUUGAUUCAAAUGUGCCUGAGCAGGUAUUUUAACAGACAAGUUGAAUAGCCUACAUGAGAAUUAGCUGGCUAGUUUGAUGUCAAUUUGGAGAACAUGCGUCGCAGCAAGCGACGUCAUAGAGACCCGGUUGCAGAAGGAAUACAUUACAUCUCCUUGUCAGCAGACAGGCCAGAACUAACUGCCAAAUAUAUAAACUCUGUCAAAGGUCGAGGAGUGUUCAGCCAAACUUACUUUGAAAAAGGAGAUUUUUUAGUUGAAUACAGAGGAGAGAUCAUUUCAUUUGAUGAAUGUCAAAGACGCAAAAGGAUCUACCAUGCUGCACUUCAAGUGUAUCUUUUUGAAUUUAAGGUCAAUGGGAAAAAGUACUGUAUUGAUGCUGCAAGAGAUGACAACUCCUUUGGCCGAUUAGUCAAUGAUGAUCACCUUAAUCCAAACAGCAGGAUGACGCGAAUUACCGUCAAAGGUGAACCUCACCUGUGCUUAUUUGCCAUACGGCAAAUACAACCAGGAGAAGAAAUAACUUACAACUACGGUGAUAUGGACUGGCCAUGGAGAGAAAAGAGUGAUGAUCUUGCACUGCAGUCCCCAGACAAAGUAGAUGACUCCGGCUGUGUGGAAGCAGCACAUGCUGCCACGGUUGACUACUGCAAAGUAGAUCUACAGGAGGAUGAUGUUGAUGUUGAGAGCACAUAUCAAGGAGAGGACCCCAACACAAUCAUUGUAGAACAUCCUGCUGUGGUUGAAUUCUCUCAAACCGAUCUGAAGGAUGAUGUUGUUGAUGUUGAGAGCGCAUAUCAAGGAGAGGACCCCAACACAAUCAUUGUAGCACAUCCUGAUGUGGUUGAAUUCCCUCAAACAGAUCUGAAGGAUGAUGUUGUUGAUGUUGAGAGCGCAUAUCAAGGAGAGGACCCCAACACAAUCAUUGUAGCACAUCCUGAUGUGGUUGAAUUCCCUCAAACAGAUCUGAAGGAUGAUGAUGUUGAUGUUGAGCGCGCAUAUCAAGGAGAGGACCCCAACACAAUCAUUGUAGCACGUCCUGAUGUGGUUGAAUUCCCUCAAACAGAUCUGAAGGAUGAUGAUGUUGAUGUUGAGCGCGCAUAUCAAGGAGAGGACCCCAACACAAUCAUUGUAGCACAUCCUGAUGUGGUUGAAUUCCCUCAAACAGAUCUGAAGGAUGAUGAUGUUGAUGUUGAGCGCGCAUAUCAAGGAGAGGACCCCAACACAAUCAUUGUAGCACAUCCUGAUGUGGUUGAAUUCCCUCAAACAGAUCUGAAGGAUGAUGUUGUUGAUGUUGAGAGCACAUAUCAAGGAGAGGACCCCAACACAAUCAUUGUAGCACAUCCUGAUGUGGUUGAAUUCCCUCAAACAGAUCUGAAGGUUCAACAAAUUCAAAUCCAACUUAAGUUGGUUGAGUACUCAAGCUCUGAAGAAGAAACCAGUGACACGGAUCAUGUCAGUUGCUCUCGCCAGAUUAUUGAAGAUGAAAUCUGUCACAAGAGUGAUGCUUUUGAGUUCUGUAAUGCAAGUGAUGACUCCAGCACAGUCAAUGCAGCACAUCCUGCUGUACUUGAGUUCACCCAGACAGAUCUGCAGAAUACAGAAAGAUCAUAUGAUGAAGAUUAUGUCCCUAAACUGAGAAGAACAAAAAGCAUUGUGAUGACAACUGACAUCCCACCCAUAACAAAUGAUCUAUUUGAUACUGAUGACUCCUGCCCUGACAGUGAAGAAGAAUAUGUUCCUAAAAGUAGUGAUGAAAGUUCAGAAAGUAGCUGUGAAAUAUCAAUCUGUCAAAGUCACACAAACAAAAAGAGAAUAUCAGGAAAAGAGAGUAUGACACAUGAUGGAGAAGAGGGGAGUGAGACACAUGGCAUAAACAGAGAGGAGAGUAUGGCACACUCUGAUAUAAACAAACAGAAGAAUACACCCCAAAAUUCAGAGAGAGAGGACAAUAUACAAGUAUUUGUCUCAGCUGUCGUCAAAAAAUGUGACAAAAAAAGACUGUAUGAUAAAAGGCAGCACUGCUUGUUCUGUAAAAAACCUUUUACAAAAAUAUCCAAGCAUUUAGAACGGAAGCAUCAAAAUGAAAUCGAGGUGGCAAGGGCUGUGAGCUAUCCAAAAAAUUCAAAAGACAGACGCAUGCAGCUUGAGUACCUGCGGAAAAAAGGUAAUUGGGUGCACAACACGGAAGUUAUGCGAACAGGGAAAGGAAGUCUUGUUGCUUGUAAAAGACCAAAUGAAGAAGCUAACGGCAAUGAAUUUGUCCACUGUUCCUUCUGCUUCGGCCUUUUCACCAGAAAAGUAUUAUGGCGACAUGUGAAGACAUGUGGUUUCAAACCACCCGAUGUCAAGCCCAGACCAGGGAAGAACAGAGUUCUUUCUUUAUGUGCUUUGACACCUGCUCCUGCUGGUAUAACUACUGGCCUGUGGAAAGUAAUGAGCCACAUGAAUCAAGACAGAGUUUCACUUGCAGUUAAAGGUGAUGAGUUGAUAAUGGAAAAUGGACAGCACCUGUACAACAGAUUAGGCAGUGAUAGGGCAAAGCAUGAACACAUUCGACAAAAAAUGAGAGAAUUGGGUAGACUUAUACUCAGUGCAAGAGAGGUCACAUCUCUAAGGAGCAUUUCGGAAAUGAUGACACCAACCACCUUUAUGCAGACUGUCUUAGCUGUAAAACAUGUUAGUGGCUAUAAUCAGGAAAGUAAUACAUACAAAAUCCCAACUCUUCCGCUAAAAUUGGGACAAAGUUUGGCUAAAAUUUCAGAACUUUUGGAAAGUAAAGCCUUGGUUAAUGGUGAUGCAGAGACUGCUACCGAAGCCAGAAAUUUCCGUCAGGUAUAUUAUGCCAAAUGGAAUGAACUGGUUUCAGCAUCAGCCUACAGAACACUGGAGGAAGGCAAAUGGAAUGCACCACUAUUGCUUCCUCUCACAGAGGAUGUUAAAAAACUGCAUUCGUAUCUGGAUGAGAAGGAGAAAGAGUACCGUGAUGGCUUAUCAUUAGAAUCGUCUACAACUAACUGGUCAAAGCUUGCUCAGGUCACACUUGCAAAAGUAAUACUUUUUAAUCGUCGACGAGAAGGAGAGGUUUCCAAGAUGCUGCUCUCCAGUUUUUCUCAGAGAGACAGGUCAAAACCAAAUGAUGAUCUUAAUGCAGCACUUUCAGAACUGGAACAAAAACUAUGUAAACACUUCCAAAGACUGGAAAUACGAGGGAAGCGAGGCCGGAAAGUGCCCGUUUUGUUGACUCCAGACAUGGUACAGUCACUGGAACUUCUGGUGGAAAAGAGAGACGAAUGUGGGGUGGAGAAAGACAAUCCAUACCUCUUCUCACGUCCAUGUGCUAUGACAUACUUUCGGGGCUCAGAGUACAUCAAUCAUUUUGCCCACACCUGUGGAGCUAAACAUCCAGAGAAUCUCUCCUCUACUAAAUUGCGCAAGCAUAUUGGCACACUUUCUAAGGUUUUGAACCUGUCAAACACAGAACUAGACCAAUUGGCAGAUUUUUUAGGACACGACAUACGUAUUCAUAGGCAGUUUUACAGGCUUCCAGAGGGGACCUUGCAGCUCGCAAAGAUUAGCAAGGUCCUUAUGGCCCUUGAGACAGGACGUCUCUGUGAGUUCAAAGGGAAAAGCUUGGAAGACAUUAACAUUGAUCCAGAUGAAAGAGUUGAGGAUGACGGACAGAGUGAGCUACAUGAUAACUCUGGAGAGCAAGUUCAGGAUGAUGGACACAGUGCAUUGGAUGAUGAGUCUGAAGAGCAAGUUGAGGAUGGUGGACACAGUGUAUUAGAUGAUGAGUCUGAAGGUGAUGGUCCUCCUCUCAAGAAACAGACACUGGCAGCAUCACCUCUGUACACAUGCAACAAGUCAAAGAAAGGAAGUAAAGGUAAAACAGAGACAGACCUCAAGACAAAAAGGGGGACCAGAUCGUGUAAAGUACGCAGACCAUUCAUGAGAAAAAUGUGGCAGGCUGAAGAAAUUCACGCAGUUGAAAAACAUAUGAUGAACUUCAUAAAGACAUGCCGUGUGCCUGGGAAAUCUGAUUGCGAUACCUGCCUGAAAUCUGAGCCUCUUCAUUUAAAAGCUAGAGAUUGGAAAGCUAUUAAGUUUUAUGUAAAAAAUCGCAUCGAUGCUCUCAAGAAAAUGAAAUGAGAAUAAAAAACUACACUGUUAAAUCUGUUAUUUAGGCGAAAAUAGAAUUAAUAUAGAAUUACAGUUCUAAACACAAGUGUGUUCAUCUGAUGUUUUGAUUUUGUAAAGGAAAGUGAGCUUUUUGUAUUUGUAUUGAAUGUAUAUUUUUUCAGUAUUUUUAUUCUGAGAUCUCCAAGAGAUCUGACCUCCAAAGGACAUUUUGAGCAGCAACUGUAAGCUGUUAGGCACUGCCUAACAAAAUAUUUUGAUUUUGUGAAGCAACUGUGAUUCAGCUUUUUAGUUUUGAUUUUGUGAAGAAAGAAAAAAAGCUACCUGUAUAGAGGUUCACUACCGUGCACAUUCAUUUACAUUUUCAAUUUCUAAAGAUACCGGGAUUAGGGCAGUUCCAUUAUCUACAGUAUUCACAAUACAUUUGAUUUGUAUUUUCCUGAAGUGUGGCAUAUUUUUGACCACUUUAAAAACUGCAUUUUGUUUUGUGGCAGUUUGAAUGUACACAGUCUACCUCAUGCAAAUCAUUUAUAAAAGUUCUUGAAUUUGUUUGGACACCCUUUCAGAGCUCUUGAGAUCGAGUAGGUACACUGCUACAGAGCCUGUUGUGUUCAAAAUAACACUAACACACUGAAAUCUGUUUUUAUUGUUUUAUCAGUGUGUAUGAGACUAUUGUGUUCACAGGAGCAUUACGUCAAACAAUUUGUAGGCACUGUUCCUCUAACUGAAUAAAACAAGUGAUGCUACUUGGUAUAUGUUAUGUUGUUACUAGGUUGUGUUUUUUUUUUUUAUCAGAGUUCAUUUUCCUGACACUAACCUUAUCUUAACCAAGACUACCCCAAAUUAUAGAAUGACUUUGGUACCGUGGAGCACAUUUCCAUGUAAAUGUUAACCUGACUCUCGCCAGAUGAAUUUCGUUCCGCCUAGCUCCACUCAUUCAUCUGGGAUCGAUCCA